CUUCCGUCACUGAGGGUUGCAGAGGGUAAGGGCUGAGACCUCGGGUGCAGAGAGAGAAGUGUCAAGAUCAUGAGUUCCAAGUCCAAAUCCAUAGGGAUCAUUGGUGCGCCUUUCUCCAAGGGACAGCCACGAGGAGGGGUGGAAGAAGGCCCUACGGUUUUGAGAAAAGCUGGUCUUCUUGAGAAACUUAAAGAACAAGGGUGUGAUGUGAAAGAUUAUGGGGACCUGAUCUUUGCUGAGGUCCCCAAUGAUAGUCCCUUUCAAAUUGUGAAGAAUCCGAGGUCGGUGGGAAAAGCUAGUGAGCAGCUGGCUGGCGUGGUAGCGGAUGUCAAGAAGGAUGGAAGAACCAGCCUGGUGCUGGGCGGAGAUCACAGUAUGGCGAUUGGCACCAUCUCCGGCCAUGCCAAGGUCCACCCUGACCUCUGUGUCAUUUGGGUGGAUGCUCACAGCGAUAUCAACACUCCACAGACAACCACAAGCGGGAACUUGCACGGACAACCGGUGUCUUUCCUCCUGAAGGAGCUGAAGGGAAAGAUCCCUGAUGUGCCAGGAUUCUCCUGGGUAGCGCCCUGCCUAUCUGCCAAAGACAUCGUGUAUAUCGGCUUGAGAGACGUGGACCCUGGGGAGCACUACAUUUUGAAAACUCUGGGUAUUAAAUACUUUUCAAUGACUGAAGUGGACAAAAUGGGAAUUGGCAAGGUGAUGGAAGAAACAUUCAGCUAUCUACUAGGAAGAAAGAAAAGGCCAAUUCAUCUGAGUUUUGAUGUGGAUGGACUGGACCCGUCUCACACACCUGCUACUGGCACCCCAGUCUUGGGAGGUCUGUCUUACAGAGAAGGGCUCUACAUUACGGAGGAAAUUUACAGAACAGGGCUGCUCUCAGGAUUAGAUAUAAUGGAACUGAAUCCCCGUCUGGGGAAGACACCAGAAGAAGUAACUCGAACAGUGGACACAGCAGUAGCAAUAACCUUGGCCUGCUUUGGAGUUGCUCGGGAGGGUAACCAUAAAGCCAACGACUACCUCAACCCCCCGAAGUAGCUAUGGAAACGUUGGACAAAAAGUUCACAGCUAAUGACAUAAUUAGCAAAUCUAAUGACUUACUUAAGUCUGCAGUUAUUGCCCCAAAGGGUUGUCCUUUUCAGAAACAUGUUUUGCCUUAGAAAAUAUUAACAUAAUUAGUAUACACUAUACAAACGGACUUUCCUCUUGGUGUGAAAUUCGAGAUGUAAAUUCUAACUUCUGUGAAAUUAAAGAAUUUAUCCUUAGAAACAGAAGUAUGUAUACACUGAUUCCCAAUUAAAAUUUUGCUGGUAUUACAUAUAAACACAUCUAUAUAACACCCCUGCACCCCCACAGUGGGAGUCCUGGUAUCAGUAGUCAAAAUUACCCCACCUGAAAAGCUGCCAUAUCUUCAUGUUGUUCAAAAGAGGUGAUUUUUAUAAUAAACUCUUUAUAAUGAU